AUGGUGCCGCCCGCUCUUCCACUUCAUCGUCAUCAAUCGUCUCUAGAGGGUAUCAUAGACUUCUCAUCGCGAGAACCCUUGUCUGAGUCUCAUCGCGCCUCCGCUAUUCGUCGGUUUUAUCAAGUCAUCAAGCAUUUUGAUGGUAAUGACAUUAAACGAGGUCAAGACCAAUACGAUAGAGUGAAGCUUGUUCGCUUCACUUACGAAUAUUCCACCAAUCAAGUGUCCAAAGAUAAUGUUUUGAUCGCUGUUUUUGAGUUUUUGAAACUAUCAAUUUCAUCUGAAGAGGAUAUCGACUUUGAAGAUGCCACGUACCGAGGCGAACUGAAGACCCACUUGUAUGAAUUCGCCGACUAUCUGGUCGACAACUUCUUUCUCCCGCGUAUGGUUCCACUUUAA